GUCCUCCCGCCCAACGUCACUUCCGCUUCCUCCCGAGCGAGGCGGGCAAUUCGAACGUUUGCGCUUCGGGUUGGCGCGGGAGCGUGCGGCCGUGGCGUCGGCGGCGAAGAUCGAGCCCAAGGCUAGACAUGUCCGAGAGGCGAACGCGGUCCGGAGGGGCCGCCCAGAGCUCCGGGCCCAGGACCCCAACUCCUACUCAGUCUCUAAGGAGGUCCCAGCGGAAAUCAGGCUCUGAUCUUCCAAGCACCUUCCCAGAAAUCCGGCCUAAGGCACCCCAGGCGGCUCCAGUCCGAAAGCCCAUCGUCUUGAAGAAGAUCGUGGCCCAUACUGUAGAGACUCCAUCUGUUCCCACGCCUCGAAGAAGCCCCAGGAUCGCGUUUUUCUUGGAGAAAGAAAACAACCCUCCUAGCAAGGAGCCUACUAGGGAGGACCUCUUCCAGACACGCAGUGUCCCUGUCACUCCCACCCCCACUCCUGUGCUGUGUUCCCUGAACGUUGAGUCCAAUUCAGGGGAAGGAGACCUGGACGCCAGAGACUUGGAAAUGUCAAAGAAAGUCAGGCGAUCCUACAGCCGCCUGGAGACUGUUGGCUCCGCCUCCACCUCCACCCCGGGCCGCCGGUCCUGCUUUGGCUUUGAGGGGCUGCUGGCCACAGAAGACUUGGCUGGAGUCUCACCUGUGGUGGGUUCAAAGUUAACUGAGGUCCCCAGGGUCCCUGUGAAGCCCUGGGCACCAGACACGACGCUCCCUGGGAUCUCGCCACCAGCCGUGAAGGAGAAACGGAAGAAGAGGAAGGUGCCAGAGAUCUUGAAAUCGGAGCUGGAUGAAUGGGCUGCGGCCAUGAAUGCUGAGUUUGAAGCUGCUGAGCAGUUUGAUCUCCUGGUUGAAUGAGAUGAGAUGGGGGUGUACCUGGCCACGCUGCCCUCUUCCCCCUGUACAUAAUCCCCUCGCCCUGUGGAGAAGCCCCUUGGGGUCCCCUCCCUUGGUUUUGUUACCCGUGCACGUGCUAUUGCUGCACACAAGGCCUGUCCUUUGGGCCGUCUUAGCUUCAGGAAACGGGGCCCACCUGGCCCAGCCACACACUGGUGUCCUGUCUGUAGUCGGUGACCUACGACCCUCUGCCCUCCUACCUCCUGGAGCAUCCCAGCUGGUUUCCAGCUGGGCCACGGACUAGGGAGUAGGACUCACAGGCCCAGCCAGAGGAGGUUAAAGGGCCAGGAGUUGAGAGUGAAAGAGAGCAUCUGUGCUCUUGUUGGGAAAUGUGUCUGCUUUGCAGCAGCCCCACCAGAAAUGGAUGCUGAGGGCCACAGCCAGACUCAGGCUUUGUCUUCUGAGUUGCCGCUACUGGGGCUUGGUUCCCAGCCACGAGGCUCGGGUAUCCUCUUAGGUUCUGUAGAGGGUCCAGGAGGACUGUCCCCGUGGAUUGGAGGCUGUUCUCUCCAAGGAGGAAGCUGGACACGCAGCCUAUGGAGUCUUGAGUUUUGAAGGAGGAAGGGAAGACUUGGCUGGGUCUCAGACUGUACACGUUUACUACAUAGAAGCUGUGUUCGAUAGUUUUGUGUGUUCUGCUGUUGGGAUGUUCGGUUAAGCGCCAGGCUGGUGUGGCACUGACUGCUUGGGGCAAAGAAGGUGCCUCCAGAUGCCACAGAACCUGAGGCUCAGGGCAUUCGGACUGAUGCCAGCAGAGGGCCGGAAGGGGUCCCUCUUGUCACUCACACCUGUUUGUUAGUCUGCUCAGCUCUGGAAGAAAAACGUAGGGAUUGAAUGGUCUGGGUGACAUUAGUCUUUUAUAAGGUUCUAGGAAGCUUUUCUCAUGGGCCGGAAAGGGGCCAGGGUGGAGAGCAGUUUAAGUUUCAGCGUCCUGAGCAUCCUCUCACAUGAGGGCACUGCCUGAGGUAGGUGCUAGGGGCUGAACUCGGGCGGGAGGGGGGUCAUCUCAUUGUCUGGGGAUCCCCCCUCCCCAGCCCCUGUUUCUCUUUGCUCAAUAUUGACAAAAGGUGAACUUUCAAAGGCUGUCCAACUACAACUUCCACCAUCGUGCAGGCCACGGUGCCCUUGACGUGUGCAGGUUCAUGGACAUAGAGGCUAAGGGGCAGGGGGCUCGCAGACCGCAGAGGGCAUCAGGGAAGCUGAGCACUUGCGUGUUAGGGUACCUGAAAUGGCUCGAGCCUAGUGGGCGUUAAUUAAACUCGGUGGGGCCUAGCGGUCCCCGGCCACCUGUCCAGCGCUUGGUGCUUUGUCAGACGCCAUAAGCAAGCCCUUUUGCCAGGAUGGGCCCAGAUGCCCUUGACCACACCCGAGGAACCUUGUCUUCACUGGCUGGCGGCGGGACGGUUCCUGGGAGGUGUCUGUCCUGCAGAAUCAGGAGUAGUCAAAUGAUGUUGAGUUGAUGUCCUAUCUGCAGACUUCUCUCUGCCCCUGACAAACUAAAUGGAGUUGAGGGAAAACUGUCUUAAAAAUUUUUUUAAACAAUCAAUUAAAGAGUUGCUGCCUGUUCAUAGACUGUUUCUUUUGCUGGGUCAGAGCUGGAGCUGAGGGUGUGGUGUGGGCCCAGGAAGCCACGCUUUCUUCGGGCUGUGUCACCAGGGUUGUUGUCCCUGUACACUGGGGGCGCUGCCAGCCUGGCCUCCAGUUGCCCUGUGGUAGAGCCCCCACCCCUACCCCCAGGUCUGUAUUUUCCAUCCCGUUGGUUACCUGCUGCUCCUGGCAGGGCUGCCUGGAGGGGAGCCCCACGCCCUCCCGACCCAGGAAUAGAGCCGUCGGGUCUGGGGUGAUGAGGCUGCUAAGAGCUUUUCUCAGUGCCUGGCCCUGGCCCCUCCACCCGCCCUGAGUCCAGCCCUUGUUCCCCUGCUCCUUCUUGUCAGACUCCUGUGAAGGAGCCAGUUCCUCCCACACUGGCCCAAGCUGGGUGCUCUACAGCAGUGGGUAUAGAGCCCCUUGGGGAGCUGGUCAGAGGCGCAUGUUUCCAGGAGUUCCCGUCGUGGCCCAGGGGUUAACGAAUCUGACUAGGAACCAUGAGGUUGUGGGUUCCAUCCCUGGCCUUGUUCAGUGGGUUAAGGAUCUGGUGUUGCUGUGAGCCGUGGUGUAGAUCGCAGAUGCGGCUUGGAUCUGGUGUUGCUGGGGCUGUGGUGUAGGCCAGCGGCUACAACUCCAAUUAGACCCCUAGCCUGGGAACCUCCAUAUGCCAUGGGAGUGGCCCUAGAAAAGGCAAAAAGACAAAACAAAAACAAAAACACGUUUCCAGGAGGUCUCCCAGGAGGCCCAGGGCCAUACAUGCAGCUUGACGCCCGUGGCAGAGCCACUCUCCUUCCCCUCAUCCUUGACACUUGUCCUUGGCUCCAUCCUUUGAACAAAUCAAGGCCUUUAUAUCCUUCAUUUCUCCCUAAACCUCUCCACUUCCACCCCCUGCCCUUACCCAGAGGGAGAGCGGGCUCUUUUCAAGGCCAAGCUUUGCGUUGGCUUUUGCUCCACUUCCCUCAUCUCUGAGACUUUGUGCCUCUUUCUCCUACAAGUCUUAUGUUCAUUAUUACAAACAACCGCCCUAAUCCUCACUGAGAGUCUUGUCCAGUGCCUGUUUUCAGCUUUUGCCCUCACACCUUUCAAGGUUAAGCUCCUUGAAAGAAUGUUCAAAGUUGCUCUCUGCUUCUGUUCCAUUUACUCUGGGUGCCAUCACUCCAUUCACUGCUCAGGUGGAAAUAACCAGUGGACCCCAUACCCAACACUACAGCCUGGGCUGAGAGCACCUUUCUUGGGGCCAUAGUACUGCAGGCCCCUCUUUCUUGGCUUCCCCUGAAAUAACUGCUUGCUCUCCAGGCUGUCUCCUUACUCAAGACUUGGCUAGUCUUGGAGUUCCCCUCAUGGCUCAGCAGAAACGAAUCUGACUAGCAUCCAUGAGGACACAAGUUCCAUCCCUGGCCUCAGUGGGUUAAGGAUCCGGUGUUGCCAUGAGCUGUGGUGUAGGUCACAGAUGCAGCUCAGAUCCUGUGUGGCUGUGGUGUAGGCCAGUGGCUACAGCUCCCAUUCAACCCCUAGCCUGGGAACCGCCAUUUGCUGAAGGUGUGGCCCUUUUUAAGACAAAAAAAAAAAAAAAAAGGAGAAAGACAUGGCUAGCCUUUAUCUUCAAACCACACCUCUCACCUGAGCUUCAAACCAGAUCUAGAACUAUCUUCUAAAAGUGUCUCAACUCAGAAGUCAUCUAACUUUCAGCUCAUCCCCCAGCUUGCUUCUCCCUGUGCUCCCUCUGCCAUUAGCAACACCAGCUGACCCAGUCACACAAGCCAGGAACCUGGGGGUCGUCUGCAGCUCUGCCCUUUCCCUCACCCCAUCCUGGGAGCCCCAGCAUCCCUCCAUCCCCAUGGCCACUGGACAAUUGCCCUGACCUCCUAGUGGGUUUCCUUCCCUUUGCUGUCACUUCCAAACCACCCACACUGUGGCCAGAAUGAGUUUUCAAGAGACAAAAUAUGAUGCUCUUUCUUCCCUGCUUGAACCCCUUUGGCACAACUCCAUUUCUGGGUACAGUACCCAAAAGAGUUGAAAGCACGGUCUCGGUAUUUGUACACCCAUGUUCUUAGCAUUAUUCCCGGUUGCCAAAAGCUGGAAAUAACAAGUAGCCAUCGUUAGAUGAGUGGAUAAGUAAAAUGCUGUAUAUCAAUACAAUCGAAUUUCAAUUUUUUGUUUUGUUUUUUUUUUUUUUGCUUUUUAGGGCCACACUCGAGGCAUAGGGAAGUUCCCAGGUUAGGGGUCAAAGUGGAGCUACAGCUGCUGGCCUACACCAUAGCUCACGGCAACACCAGAUCUUUAACCCACUGAGCGAGGCCAGGAAUGGAACCCGAAUCCUCAUGGAUCCUAGUUGGGUUUGUUAACCACUGACCCACAAAGGGAACUCCUAGAAGAUUAAUUAGUAAGCCCUCAAAAGGAAUGAUAUUCUGCCACAAGCUUCAACAUGGGCAAACCUUGAAAACAGUGCGGUAAGUACGAUGAGCUAGACAUAAAAGGACAGUUACCCUAUGCUCCAUUUAUACGAGAUACCUAAAAUAGUCAAACUCAAAGACACAGUAGCGUGGUGGGUGCCGGGGCUGGGGAGGGGGCUGGGGAGUUUUGUUUACUGGAUACGGGUGAUGGUGAUGGAUACCACUGAACUGUGUAUUUAGAAUGUAAAUAUGUGAUGUACUUUGACACAAUAAAUUUUUUUAAAAAACAA